AGAGCUAAAACCGUGGGUCACCCCCACCAACACCAUCACCAACACCCACACCCGGGAGCUGUCGCCAACGGCAACAUGGGUCCCACCAUGGGUCACAUGAUGGAGAUGUCACCGCGGCAACGGCACACUCACCUGCAGCAGCAGCAGCAUCAUCAGCACCUGCAGCAGGCUCAGCCCAUCUCCUACCAGCAGCACUGCCACGCCCCUCCACAUCACCUAGGAAACACCCACAGCCAGGGCCACCAAUCAGGAAACGUGCCGCAUCAUCCGGUUCACCAAUCACCUCCCUCGCACCUGCAGGCCAGCCACACCCACCAGACCUCGCCUCACCUGCCCCUCCACUCCAUAGCUGCUCAGGUACAGUAUUACCUAAGUAUUGUCAUGACAACCACUCUGACAACCACUCUGUAUUAAGUUUUGUUAGUUUAACAUGAGGGUGGUUGCCAAUUGCUGUAAUCUGACAUCUGUAACAUCGACUGUCAUCACAGUUCAUCACCACUGUUACAUCAACAUUAUGGCACUAUUGCUUAGACCGUUUGCAUCCCAAAUGAACCCCUGUUUCCUAUGUAGUGCACUCAAAAGUAAAUAGGAAUUAGGGUGCUAUUUGGAAGACAGCCCUUAUCACAGAGGAUCCAAAGUUUUACUGGUUCUUAGUAAAUAUUGUUUCAUGACCCGUGUUUGUCUGUUGUGCAGUUGUCUCCAGCAACGCAGCAGAUGCAUUCAUCCCAGCAGACACAUUCCCUGCAUGCAGGCCAGGUGACUGGAGGACGUCGCAGGAGGUCUGUGGACCAGGACCCAGACGAGCGCAGGCAGAAGUUCCUUGAACGAAACCGAGCUGCGGCCACGCGAUGCAGACAGAAGAGGAAGGUCUGGGUGUCUGCUCUGGAGAAGAAGGCAGAGGAGCUCACCCACAACAACAUGCAGCUGCAGGUAGGUUUAUACUAGGGUUGUCACCAUACCAGUUCUCCCUUGCAAAAAGUUAAACUCAAAGCAGACUAAACUCUUUGGUCCUUUAAAAACCUACUUUAUGUAAAAUAUUGUGUGCUAUAGCUUGGAAAUAAAAACGUGAUUCUGGGUGACAUGAGGCUGUUUGUUUCUAACAUUAGGACUGUUUUCCUCAGGAAAUGUUUCCUUGCCACGAUACCUCUGAGUGCUGCCAUACUGCUAGUGUGACAACCCUAGUUUAUACGUUAAAUAAAGUAUGCACACAUGACUGUAAGUCGCUUUGGAUAAAAGCGUCUGCUAAAUGGCAUAUUAUAUUAUUAUUAUUAUACACACGCAUGCACAUGCACACACAAGUUUACGCACACACACACACACACUCACACAUUGUCACACUAUCACUAACCUUUCUGUCCCUCUGGCCAUUCCAGAACGAGGUGACCACUCUGAGGUCAGAGGUUGGCCAGCUGAAGCAGAUCCUGCUGACCCAUAAAGACUGUCCCGUCACCGCCCGCCAGAGAGAAUCACAGGGGUACCUCAGUGAGUAACACCCCUACCCCGCCCAUCCCGAAAACACCCAGAGGUAUACACCUACCCUCUACUAUACUCAUAUCCCAAAACACAGAUUCCUACUCCUAUCCCAAAACACAGACUCCUACUCUUAUCCCAAAACACAGAUUCCUACUCCUAUCCCAAAACACAGACUCCUACUCUUAUCCCAAAACACAGAUUCCUACUCCUAUCCAAAAACACAGACUCCUACUCUUAUCCCAAAACACAGAUUCCUACUCCUAUCCAAAAACACAGAUUCCUACUCCUAUCCCAAAACAGAUUCCUACUCCUAUCCCAAAACACAGACUCCUACUCCUAUCCCAAAACACAGAUUCCUACUCCUAUCCCAAAACACAGAUUCCUACUACUACAGUAUCCCAAAACACAGACUCCUACUCCUAUCCCAAAACACAGAUUCCUACUCCUAUCCCAAAACACAGAUUCCUACUCCUAUCCCAUACUGUACCAUCUGCACUGUCUGGACGCGGUCCCAUGUGAGUGUGAUGGGCCUGCUACAUAGGACACUUUUGCAGAGCGUGAGACACGCCUAUAGUUUUUUAUGAAACCUGGGUGUAAGCAGCAAUCCACUGGGCACACACUGGUUUAAUCAACGUUGUUUCCACGUCUUUUCAAUGAAAUUACAUUGAACCCACAGGAGGUUGGUGGCACUUUAAUUGGGGAGGAUGAGCUCGUGGUAAUGGCUAGAGCGGAAUCAGUGGAAUGGUAUCAAAUACAUCAAAUACAUGGUUUCCAUGUGUUUGAUGCCAUUCCAUUCGCUCCGUUUCAGCCAUUAUUAUGAGCCGUCCUCCCCUCAGCAGCCUCCACUGGUUGAACCAGCGUAGAGUAGACGUUGAAUUGUGCCCAGUGGGAUGGCUCUGUGAGAGACUCGUGCUGCUCUGCGUAAAAUUCCGCUCUGGUUCUAUUUUCAUGAAUUCAAGGCGUGACUCAUGCCCAAGAACACUUGAUGAAGUGCACUCUGCGCACACCGGCUAAAGGUUACACGUCCAGGGUAGCAGCUUAAAGCCUAAAGUUUUCUUGAUGCCCCAGUGUAGCUCCCCUGUGAGAGGGUCUCCCCAAUUCAAGAAACAUCCAGAGUCAAAAAUACAGGUAUCUCAGAAACACAGGGCUACAGUCUCGCAAUGGUUGGCAUAUACGGUUAAAAAGUGAGAUGGAAAACCCCUUUUCACCUUGAUGACUGAAUUUAAACAUCUAUGAUGCCUAUUCUUGUAAGAAGGACAAUUGAUGUAACCAGUGAGCACAUUCUUGGGAGUUAUACAGACCGAUGUGCUUUAUUUGGUAUAUUUCAAUUUUUGCUCUAUUUGCUCCACUGUAAUGCAAAUGUCCAAAUAAAAGAGCUAUUUUCCUUAUAUGAACUGUACAUGAGUUGUCAUUAAUUAUAUAACGUAUUACUUUCCUCUGGACCCAGAUCUUACAGAGAGAGAGGGAGCUAUCAAACACUAGCCAGGUCAAUUUGAUUGACAGCUGUCUCUGUGCCCCAGGUCCAGGGAGUUCGACAGGAAGUCCCUCCCCCCUGUGUCCCGGGUCGCAGCAGCAGGCCAUCCAAUCCAACAGCAUCUCCACCUCCUCAGCUGGAGGGGGCGAUGGAGCGCACAGGAAUUAAA